AUGGUGCACAUUCGACUCAACGAGCGCGAAUCAAAUCCGAAUCCGCAUAUUAACUUCAUAACGGCUCUCCCGACGUCGUCUCCGUCCCAGGAAGAUGCGAUGCAGCUCUUGCGAGCGCUUGCGGCCCAGGUGAAGCCCGUCAUGAAGGCCCAUGGGUUCAUGAUCAACAGUUUCGAAGAGUAUGAGUACAACGCCGUAUUCGCGGGAAGGAGUUGGAACAACGGCGAGACCGUAGAGAUCGUCCUGCGCCGACCCGAUGGAUCUUUCUACCCGUCCUCCUGGCUGAUGAGCACGCUAUGUCACGAAUUGGCGCACAUCAAACACAUGAAUCACGGCCCCGCAUUUCAAGCGCUCUGGGCGCGUCUCAGGAACGAGGUCCGCGCACUUCAAGCGAAGGGGUAUUUCGGCGACGGCUUCUGGUCGUCAGGGACCCGUCUGGCGGACGCGGCUCGUACGUCGGGCCAAGGGUUAGAUCCAGGGGAAUUACCUGAAUACAUGUGCGGCGGCGCGCAAACGCGUGCUCGCCCUACCCGCAGGAAACGCCGCCCACGCGCGAUCGCGGGGCCGUCAGACAGGACGGGAGCGCAGACGACGAAGCGCCGAAAAGCGGGUUCGCGCGUCGCGAAGGACUUUGGAUCAGGCGGUCGGGCGUUGAACGACGACCUAGAUGAGGACGCGAAGAAGCGCGGUACGGGCUUCGGAAAGCAAGCUCGCAGUAAGAAAGCGCGAGAUGAACGUGCAGCAGCCAUCGAGAGGCGAUUGGCUGCUUUAAAAACAGGUAGCGGGCCUUCGCGACCAAACCGAGAUAACGACGAUCCUACGACUGACUCCGAAUCCGAAUCCGAAGAGUUGAUACCCGAGACGGACGCAGAAAGGCGGAACGCACUGCUCGAUUCUCUCAAACAGGCCGAGCCAGGCGGAAUUGAGAAAACCCAAAUGAAGUCCAAAAAUCUUUUAGACUACUGGGGGCACUUCGUGCGAUUAGACUCCGCUCCUCAUGGCGAGGGCAAGCGGACCCAGGAGAAGGCAGAUUCGUUUGCCAUUCCGUUCGAUUACAACGACGUCCCCGGGGGCAACGUAGCAGGACCUUCGCCGCGGACGGCAACGGCGAUCGCCCCGGAAGAGGAGGAUGACGCGGAAUGGCAAUGUGCUGUGUGCACCCUACGGAAUAAUCCCGGGCAUUUGGCCUGCUCUGCGUGUGCCACUCCAAGAGGAGAGAGCAGUUGGCAGGGCGGAUCCGUGUAGCUCGAUCUCACUGCACAGAUGCUCCCAUGUUCGGAGAAUUCAUGACGGUCAUUUCUACUAUUCAUUGAUGUUCAGAGACUGCUCCGAUCCUGACAGGGACAAGAUCGGAGAGUCCUUACGGC